AUGCCGCAAGAUCAUUCUUUUUAUAAUUGUUUACUUCAAUGUAUAAAUCAAAAUAGGGAUACAUCGAUACUGCUAAAUUUUGCUAUUUCAAUGCAAUAUGCCACAAAAAAGGACUUAUAUAAAAUUUUGGAAUUAUUGCAUGCAACGAAUGAUAUGCAAGCGCAAGUUAAAUUAUUUUCUAUCUUAGCCGCCUAUAUGGUAUCAAAUGGUGCACAUAGUGACGUAAUAAUAAAAUUUAAUCCUUUAUAUGACAAAAUAUGCGCGGUGUUGUCAAGAGGACUGCCCCUAAAGACCAAUGUUACUCUUAAUUUUCUUUCGGCACUUCUAUACACCGACAACGAAUGCGAAUUGACAAAGCGAAGUACUCUAGUCGUAUACGCCCAAAAUAUGCUACGAUCUAGUGGCUGUCUAACCUCUAUGUCUAAUCUCUUCACCAGUUGUAUGCUGCAUCAGGACACAUGGGGAGCACUUUGCCGUUGCCUUGUAGAAGCGUGUCGAUGCCACGAAGCCAAUCAGAACUAUUGCUCGCAUCUUAUCCCUCUGUGCGUACAACGAUGUCAGCACGGAAAUGAAUACUUGUUUGAAUUGCUACAAAGCUUAUUAAGUAACAACGAACAUAACAUUCGAUUGUUUUAUGAAUGUGGCGGCAAAAAUAUAUUUGCUAGAGAAUUCUUAAAAUAUGAUCAAUGUUUACAACUCUUAAAUACAAUCGUAUUAAACACUGUCUUCAAAAAUAAACUCUUGGAAGAAACAAACAUUCUAUAUAAUUUGGAACACUUAAAACAACUGUAUGGCCCUAUGUCUCAGGUAGGUCAAUGGGUCACAAUAAUUUUGUAUAAUAUGAAUUUAAGCCAUAAAGGAUUUAAGAAACAUGCAGAAAAAAAUAAAACAAAUAUCUUUGAACCUAAAAGCGAUAUCUUGUUUCAAAAUGAAUGUGAUAAUAAUGACGACACAACAGAGUUAUUUCAGAAUGUUAUAAAUGAAGUUUUUAAUUUUGAAGCUAUAAAAAACUCUAAUACUCAUAAAAUAUCUAAAAUAUACAAACGUAACAUAAAGAACAAUAUACAAACAGAAAAAUACUUAAAUAAAACAAAAGUCCUAAAUAUGUGUAAAACAAACAAUUCCAUUUUACGAAAUAAUGAGAAUUAUCCGCAUCGAAUUGAAAACCCACCUUUCUCCUUUUUGCAACGUGACAAUUCUGAUAGAAAAUCGAUGAAUUAUAAUUAUUGUGAAAAUCAAAAAGAUUUUAGUAUCACAAAAAGUAUUUAUAAUCAAAUUGAUUCCAGUUUAGAGAAAUCUCCCGCAACGUUGAAUUAUACAGAACUUUAUGCUGAGAAAAAGGUUACUAACACUAAAGAAGUAAAAAAAGAAAGUAUCUCAGACUUCAGCUUUAGACCACAAUUUGUAUCCACACCUAAAAAUAUUUAUAGAAAUGUGAGCAGGACGAAUAUUUCACAUAUAUCUUUAAGAAAGUCACCAAUAAACAAAAGUUAUAAAAAUGGACGAUUACAAAAAAGUCAUAUUGAGAGAAUAAAAACCGAUUGUAAGAAAGUUAAUAUCAGUUGCCAACAACGCACAAUUGGUGCUAGGUUAUUCGACGCUAUAAAUGAAUCUUGUACAACAAUAAUAAAGAGUGUUAGAAAUGUAUUCAAAACAAAAAAGAUCGAAAAACCCCGUAAAGAAACUUUCGAUAGCUCGAACAUUGGUGAUGUGGAUAUUCCACACUGCUCUAACAGUUUCACGAACUACAUGCGAAAAAGAGAAGCUCUACUUAAUGAACAAAACAGUGAUUUGACUAGUUACAGUUUCCACAAGGAGUGCACCACUUGUAAUGAUACACUCACCCUUCAAGGAAAAUUCGCAAACGAUGACUUCUUACGACAAACCGUUAAAAAGCUUAAGUUAGGGAUUAAUUUAUACGGUUGUGACUUUAAGAAAAUAUCGAAAGCGCUAUGGCCUCACGAAAGUUACAUGACGCCUUCCGUUCUGUACAAUUUGUACCGAAAAUUAAUUAUUAAAUAA